GUUAGUUAGGGGCUCGAGGCGCGCGCACACACACACACACACACACAGAGAGAGAGAGAGAGAGAGAGAGAGGGAGAGAGCGGCCAUAGCCAAGACACGGCGACUACAACAACAGCACCUCCUCCUGCUGUACCGCUCCCAACACACACACACACACACAUACACACACACAUACACACACUCGGAGCGGAGACGGCCAGGUGCACGCGGCGAGUUCCCCCGCCAUCGAGCUCGCGCCCGCGACACAUUUCCAUGGCGAAGGACCUUCUCUGUCCUCGCGCCUGAGACCAAGAAGAAGAAGAAGAAGAAGAAGAAGAAUGUGAAAGACCAAGAAGACCAAGAAGAAGAAGAAGGUUUUGUUUUCUGUUUGUUUUCUGUUUAAAAUGCCCAGGAGGAAACAGGAGACACCGAAGCGCCUUCCUUCGCAUGCAGAGCCAGCUGAGGAUGGGGCACUAGCGGGCAGCUCGGUAGUGGAGGACGGCUGGUUUGGGAACAAUUCCGACAGUCCUUCGACGUCGUCCUACGGCGAUGUGCAGGACGACCUGCGGGUGUCUCCGGAGGAUGGGGCACGGCCGGACCGCGCCACCUUGGCCGGAAGCCCACCGGGUUGCGCGACGCCUGGUCAACGUGUGUCGCUGGAGCUGCUUGGGCUUGACGCACGCACCUUGUCCACACAAGACAUGUCCCUGGUGUCCUCUGUUUCACUGUCGUCCAUGGUGUCAUCGUUAUACGGCGACUCGGCUCACGGCCUCUCCAAACCGCUUAGCAGCAAUCUGCGCAGACUCCUAGAGUCCGGCUCGGUCAAGCUGGAAUCAGGGGAGCUGGUCGGGCGAGGUGUGUGCCGAGGGGCGGAGUCUCCACCUGCAGGCCUGGCGCUGUCUCCUUCCUCUCAUCACGCCCAGCAGCUGAGCGCCCUCGCACGCAGACUUGCCAACAGCAGUAACAACGGAGUUAGCUCCUCCUCCACCUCGCCCGCCUCGGGGCCUGUGGUAAAGCAAGAGCCCGGAGACCCUUUCGGACCGGCCGAGACCGCCAGCUCAGGCAACACCAGCUACGUUUGGGUUGGAAUGGCGGACAAAUGGCCGCCAGCUGGAAGCCUGUCUCCCGAUUCAGCCAUUCAGAAACUGAAGGCAGCAGCCAACGCUGUGCUCCAGGACAAGAACUCCACCUCUUCAUCUUCCUCCUCGUCCUCUUCUUCGGUCACCUCGUCCUCUUCUUCGUCCUCCUCUUCGUCCUCGGUGCCGCCACUCGGAGGGCGCUCGGACGACUCCGUGCGCUUCGACACCUUUGCGUCACCCUUCAGCUCGCAGUCUGCCAGCUCCACGCUCGCCGCACUCUCCAAGAAAGUGUCAGAGCGAAGCCAGCAGCAGCAGCCGCCCUCGUCCGCCCCCUUCCUCUCUCUCGUCUCCAUGACCUCGUCGGCUGCACUGCUUAAAGAAGUGGCGGCUCGGGCAGCCGGCAACAUGCUGGCCGAUAAAAAAGAGCCGCAGCUGGCGGCGGCCAACACGGAGGAUUCUAAACCGCAGUUUGACAGGAACCACAAGGCUCCGACGCCCAACCAGAGCAUGGAGCUUCUGCUGCCCGCUGCCCCCAAGGGACGCGCCAAGCCCAGCAGCCAAGCAGGUUCACCGGAGGACAGCGGGAAGCCCUUCCAGUGCCCCGUGUGCGGCCUGGUCAUCAAACGGAAGAGCUACUGGAAGAGACACAUGGUGAUUCACACGGGGCUGAAAAGCCACCAGUGUCCCCUGUGUCCUUUCCGCUGCGCUCGCAAAGACAAUCUCAAGUCGCACAUGAAGGUGCACCAGCACCAGGACCGGGGCGAGACGUUCCAGUGUGAGCUUUGUCCCUUCACCUCAUCACGCCACUUCAGUUUAAAGCUGCACAUGCGCUGCCACCAGCACUUCCCACGGUCCGAGCUCAAAGUCAAAGAGGAGCCGUGCACCGACACCGAGGAAACCGAGGUCGAGCGUGCAUCGGGCGUGGGCACGUCGCCGUCUCCCGGUCUGUGCCAGGCCCCGGGCGAACCCUCCUCCAAUCACGCACACAUCAAAGAGGAGCCUCAGGACGUCGCCCUGACGCCGCCAUUCCCACAGGUCAGAGAGCGACCGGGCAGCAGCAGCAGCUCACUGGAUCUGCCCAGGAUCAGCGCCAGUCCACCAGGCCUAGGCACGGCCACCCCGGCCGCAUCGCUCUUUAGCCCCGACAUCAGCACCAAGACGGCCACAGACCUCCUCAUGAAGCUCUCCGCGGCAAACCAGAAGGAGGCGCUGAAGAGCGGGUUCUGCGUGAAGGAGGAGCCCGAGGCAGAGGAGGCGUUGAGUCCAGCGAGAUGUCCACCAUUCAGCCUGGGACACGACGCCCCCGCGGUGCCCAGCAGGCCGCGCCAAGAGGGCAGCAUCCUCAGCCACGACAUCAAUGUCAAGGUGGCAUCCGAACUGCUCAUGAAACUCUCAGAGAACAGCAAAGACACCUGUCUCCAGAAAGCGACAGUAAAGGCGGAGCCCAUGGAGGUGGACCCACCCUCUGAUGUGGCUCCGCCCCCUUCUCACCUGCUAGGCUUCAGCACUUUAGGGGCAUGCGAGAAGAAGGAGCCAAUGGCUGGCCUUCCGGAGCCUCUGCCCCGCCCCAACAAAGACCUCUUCUCCCAGGACAUAUCGGUCAAAAUGGCCUCCGAGCUGCUCUUCAAACUGUCUGAAAAAGUAAGCAAAGCUAAUGAAAAUAAAGACAGCACAUCGUUCGGCAUGACCAGCCCUUUUCUGGACGACCGCUUUAGACAAUCGCCCUUCAGCACGCGCUCCAAGAGCUCUUCCCCAGCCGAGGCCAGCUCCUCCGCCCGAACCUCCCAGCUACAAGAUUCAGAGAAACCACUGUGCGAGACGGGCAACGGCCUGCCGCAGUGGAGACACAACGAGCAGCUCUUCCCCUGUCCGGUGUGUGGUAAAGUGUUCGGCCGUCAGCAAACUCUCUCCAGACACCUUUCCUUACACACAGAGGAGAGGAAGUACAAGUGUCACCUGUGCCCGUAUGCAGCAAAGUGCCGUGCCAACCUGAACCAGCACCUCACCAUCCACUCGGUCAAACUGGUAAGCACGGACACCGAGCACCUCGUUAACUCGGUCACCGGCGACGGAGGAGAACGCAAAAACUGCCCCUACUUCUACAGCUGUCAAGUAUGCGGUUUCCAAACAGAGCUGAACGCACAGUUUGUGAGCCACAUGUCUCUGCACGUGGAUAAGGAGCAGUGGAUGUUCUCGUUAUGCUGUAACUCGUGCGAGUACGUGGGAGUGGACGAGGCAGAGAUGAAGGCUCAUAUCAACGCUGAACACACAGGCCUGAUUUCCAGGAGUCCCCUGAGUGAGAGUAAGAGCACGUCUUCAUCUCUCUCGGCCCUGAGCGACUCCCUGAACAGCUCUGAAAGUGGGGAUGCUACCCAGGGAAGCGAGGAACUCAAAAGUCUGUUGGCCCCGCCCUCAUCUGCCAGCAGCCAAUCAAGCUUGGUGUCAGGAAUAGAGGAGAAAUCAGAAAAAGGCUUUGAGUGUGUGUUCUGCAACUUUGUGUGUAAGACGCGGACCAUGUACGAGCGGCACCUGCAGAUCCACCUGAUCGCCCGAAUGUUUGAGUGUGAUGUCUGCCACAAGUUCAUGAAGACGCCUGAGCAGCUCCUCGAGCACAAGAAGUGCCAUACGGUCCCUGCUGGAGGGCUCAAGUGCCCUCUGUGCAUGUACUCCACCAGCAGGGCGGCGGCCAUGGAGUGCCACCUGAAGACGCACUACAAGACGGAGCACCGCUGCCGCAUCUGCCAGGCGGCGUGGGCGAGCCGGGCCGAGCUGGAGCGGCACGCGCGCGCCCAUCGUCUGGGCAACCACUACCGCUGCGAGCAGUGUGGCUACCUGGCCAAGACGGCCAACAAGCUGAUAGAGCACGGACGUGUGCACACAGGCGAGCGCCCCUUCCACUGCGACCGCUGCAGCUACAGCUGCAAGCGCAAGGACAACCUUAACCUGCACAAGCGGCUUAAGCACGCACCGCGCCAUGCACUCGGUUGCGCCCGCUGUCCCUUCACCACCACGCACCCGUUUGUCUACAACCGCCACGUCCGCAAACACCAGGCUGGGGAGGGCAGCGCCCAGGAGGAGGCCAAGGCUUUCACGCCGCGUCCACUCAGUGCUGAUGCCAUCGAGCCCUUUUUCCUGCCUGACGGUAGCAAUAGCAGCCCGCUCAUGAGCCUCAGCGCCUCACAGGCCUUGCAGUCGGUUGCCUUGUCUGUUUCGGGUAUGCUGCCUGCCGCUCCGCCCUCCCCGCACUACCUCUGUGCCAACGGAGCCUCUCCUACAUCUUCUCCGACACUGGCAGCUCAUUAUUACGAGCAGUACAGGACCUCAGACCCGGCUCAUCUCAUACCUCUGACCACACUCUUCAGCGCUCGCCGCCGCUUCACAUUCCUUAGCCAUGCCCCCUUACGUUCUUCUCCACCUUUCUCCAGACUCUGGACCCACCCAUCCUCACAGACCUCACCCUUGCACAUGUCCCCCAAACACUCCUUCCUGGCAUAUCUGGGACUGACAGAAAGGGCAAAAACCGUCUGAGCUGCCCAUCUCAUCUGAGCUACCUACCUCUACAUUUUCCUUUAUUUGUCAUUCUUCUAUCACCUUUUCCUUUCUUUUACUCGCCCGUGCAGCAUCCGGACAGCGGCUAGGAGUGUCCAGUCCUGCUCACGGCAAUUCUGUCUGUUGGAGAAUGCUGCUCCUGAGGAAAUGAACGAACAUGCAGUGUUUAUUAGAGGAAGAAAGGCUGUAUGAAUUUAUAUCAAAGCUGCUUUUCUUUAUUAAUCUAAUUAUUCUGCCUUUUUUUUUUUUUUUAGUCUUUUUCUUUUCCGCAGAUUUUGAAUGACCAUGAUCAGAUAGUAGUGAUUUCCAUAGGAUUUUUUUUUUCCUUCUAUGAGGAGGUAAAAAGAAAAAGACAAAAGAAGAUGCAAAUGUCUAUGCGCUCGACAUUUUUUUUGUGCAUUAGUAUGUCUUUUUGCCAAGCAUCAGGUAGCAUGCUCGCCUAUGUGUUACGAUUGUUUUAUGUGUCAUUUAGGGACUCGAUACAAUACAAAAUAUCCCAGGGCGUUUGCAACACGACAAAAAAAGAGGGGAAAAGAAAAAAACAGACCGAAAUCGCUUUCUUACAAGUCUCAUUUUCAGAGCAACGCCUCAAACCAUGCACUUGAUUAUUUAUCGAACUGUAUAUAGUUUUGUAAGCCUUUUCUCCCAUAGAGCCCCUACACUUCUAACCACCUCAACCCUCUCCACUGCCCCACAAUGCGUAUUGGCUUUAAAUGGGUUUCAGGAUUGGUGAGAUCAUUCAUGAAACUGAUCUCGGCUCAUAAGCUGAAGGCUAUUUACCAGUCAUGCACAGCUGAUGGCAGAACAGUUUUGUUUUUUAUUUAUUUUAUUUUAUUUUUUUUUUAAAAACCCAGCUAUUCAGGGGCCAGUAAGUGGUCUAAGCUAUCCUAGAUUUCUCUGUAGGAACAGUUCGUCAGCUCUUCCUGAAAACCACAGCUCUUGCCAUUACUACACAUUGCCACAGACUGUGCCAAAAGCUAACCAAGCUCGAAAGACGAGCGAGCAGCCGAGCCCUGUGCAUCGCUAUUGCAUUGUAACACGCACCUAUACAUUUACACAAAUAAUCGAGGUGACAGGUUGUUGGGGGUGAAAAAUCUCACGUGUCCAGUCACACGAGGCCGAUUCGAUGGUGCUUUUUGGAGCUUUUUUGUUUUUUUUUUAACAUUGCUUUUUUUUUUUUUUUAAUGUUUUUUUUUUUUUUGUGUGUGUGUGUAAAAAGGAGAAACUGUUCCAAAAUGACUUGAAUGAAUGUACUUUUUCGUCGGUUCAUGUUAAAGUGAUACAGAGGUAGAAAGAGUCAAGAUAUGAAAAAUAGUGAUCUAUUGGUUCUGGUGGCCUUCUGUGUCUUAACAUUUCUGGGGGGUUUUUUUGUUUGUUUGUUUGUUUGUUUUUUUAUCACAUUUUCUACAAUUUUUAAUGAGCCUUCACAGUGUAAAAUAUAUAAUUAUAUAUCCUGUACUAACAAGCUGUUAUGAAGCUCUCAUUGGAUAAUGGCUCUUAAGUGCAAUGUGGAGGCAGCCGUUAUUUUUAAGGAGGAUAUGCGGAUGCACGGCUUUCUCUAAAACGGGCAAACACGGUACUAGUAUCUUGUGUUCCCCUCUCCAUUUCCUUUUUUUUUUCUCCAUUUUAAUUGCACUUACCAUGUUGACACAUUUCAAGCAAAAGCACUUAAGCCCAAUAAAAAUUUUCUUUGAUGCCACUUCCACCAACCUUAUCAGACAACAGCAUUGGCAUUCAUACAAUGGCUCACUUGGUAUGUCAUAAAGGUUGGGGGGAAAAAGUAAAAUAAUUAAUAUAAAGCUCUUACUCAUUCACAGAUAUUGCCCAUGUUGGACAGCUCAGUAUUAAAGUGAAUCAUACAUUAGGAAUAUAGUAGAUUUUCACCUGGGCUCUAAAGGACCAGGCUAAAUUUGUUAAUGCCAGUUUUGCACUGUGCUGUAAAAUUGCACUUUUCCAAACAAAUCAGUGGUUUGUAAGAAAUGAAAUUAGAAUCGAAUCUAGAGUCUGAAUUAGAAUCAGAAAUUAGUUUAAAAAAAAAAAAUGUGUAAAUAAAAAAAUAGCUCAGUCUAUGAUAAGCUCGUAAACUCUUGAAGUUUGGGAAUGAGUCUGAGGAAAUGCUCUAUAGUAAAGCUCCAUUGUGUUUAGAGCUCCGAACCACACUCACACACUCAAUUACUAAAUCAGAUAUUAGUAUUAUUGCCUUAAAAAAAUAAAUAAAUAAAUAACUCAUAACUGUAUUUCUUAUGCUCAUCUAUCUUUAGUAUUAUUUAUAUUAUCUAUAGUAUCUAUUAAUUAAUUGAUUGCAUUUUUGUGCAAUUGUCAAUGAAUUGUCCCACUUUUUUUUUUUUUAAAUCAGUGGCAACAAAAUGCUUCAUUUAUUCUUAAUUCAAAGACUAUUAAAUUAUGUUAACAUUAGCGAAUCUUGAUUUUGAUCAUUGUGCAUGAUAGCGGAGCUGCGAUUUCCAUAACAAGCAUCAUUUCGACUUCUGUGAAAAUCUGUGUCCAACUCGCUAAAGCAACAAAUACAGACUGUUGACUUGAACCGAUCCUGUGGUCCUUGUGGUCCGACGUUUCUUCAGUUCAGCGUUGCUAACUUUAAUUCCAGUCCUAUCAUAUACAUCAUACUCUCAUGAUAUAUGUAUAGGGACAUCACAAAGAAAAUGAAGAAAGCUUAAUAUGUAAAUCAGAGGCAAAAUGUUUGCCAUGUUGUACAAUUUGGCUCUUAACAUUUCACGAAAUAAUGAAAAAUUCCAAAACAUCUGUAGUGUUGACACCCACAAACAUUACCGCUCGUGUGAGUUGCUAUUUUGUAUAUUCAACUUACAGCAAAAUGAAUAAUUAGUAUUCGCCAUAACACCAGCUAUAAUUGUUAGUUUUACACGAACAUCUUUGCAAACCCCGAGUUCACAUGCAGAUAAAGGGACUCUUAACCCUGGAGCCUUACUCACAGAGCUGACCCUCGGCUCGUCUCUCCGACGCCGGCUCCCUAAUUAAGCUUAGUCUUCUUUGUCUUUGGAGAAGAUGAAUCAGAAUGAAGAUGUGAAUUUUUAUGACCAAGUUGUGAAUUAUAAAUGCACCACACUCUCAAGUUGGUUUGACCAACAAAGCUAUCUUUUUUUUCCCCAUUUCUUUAUUUUAAUUUUCAUCCCACGUUAUCAACUUUUCUCUGCAUAGAUGCCCAGCAUGCAGACAAAGUGCUAUGGCAUGCAUCAAGCGGAGCUCCUGAUCUUUACUGAAGCUCCAGCCCCAUGCCUUCUUUUAUGCUCUAGUGCAACGUGGUGGAAAACAUGUGGCCUGGAAGGCCCAAGAAUGAGUCAGACUGAUUCUCGGGACCCGUUCAGAUAAAUGAAAAAUAAUCAGAUGGAUAAGAUCCAAUUUGUCUCAAUAAUGCAGCUCAGUCCUACCCGACUGUGUAGCAGGAAAUGGAGGACAGGAAUCCCUCUCUGUGCUGCUGCCAGUACUCAAGCACUUACUCUUGUGUGUCUUUUGCCUAAAUGCAAAGGGGGCAGUGCUCUUUUUUUUCUUCCUUUGUUCGGUUAUUUUUCUUUGUUCCUCAACAUCAUUGUGCAUUACGCGACACUACCUUUAUAGCCCUACAAAAGAUGCAUGAAAUCGAUCGCUCUUUUCUAACUUGUAGCACUUAUGUUCUUUCUUCGUUAAAAAAAAUGACUCAGUUUGCAUUUACCUUGAUAUUUUCUUUUCCAGCACAUUCUGUUCGCUUUGCAUUUGUUGUUGUAUUUUAUGACUCAAUAAGGCUCAAUGAUAAUUUGGUUUUUGUUUGUUUGUUUGUUUGUUUGUUUGUUUUUUUUUGGCACUCAGUAAAAUGAUAUGCUGUAAAAUAAAGCUUUUUUAUUACUUCAUUCCUAAGGCUGUACAGGGUUGUUUGUGACAAUAACUGGUAAUUAGACCAUUUGUAUUUUCAUUUUUGUUUUGUAUAUUUUUUUUUUUUUGUUCGGCAUUUCUUAUGUUCAGAUUGCCAGUUCUAAAUGUAACAAGAUUUGAAAGUAAAGCUUACAUCAGAUAUUGA